AUGGCCCUUACCCCGGAGGAAACCACCCUCGUCGACGCCGCCACAUCAAUUAUAACCAGCAUCCCCGUCUCCGAUAUCUACAGUGUCGCCAGCGCCGCGCGAUCAGCAGACGGACGUAUCUUCACCGGCGUCAAUGUCUUCCACUUUACCGGCGGGCCCUGCGCCGAGAUCGUGGUUCUGGGCUCUGCUGCAGCGGCUGGAGCCACGCAGCUAACGCAUAUCGUUGCAGUGGCGAACGAGAACCGAGGCAUCAUCAGCCCGUGCGGACGCUGUCGGCAAACGUUGAUUGAUUUGCAGCCGGGGAUUAAGGUCAUUGUGCUUGACCGGGGGCAGGCAAGGAUUGUGCCCGUGGAGGAGUUGCUGCCGUUUGCGUAUUUUGCAGAAUGA